UUAUUUUUCGUUUGAGAUCGGUGUUUUCUCCGAUUAUGUAAAACGCGCAAUUGCGCGUGUGUGAUUUAAACCAGCAACCGGUUCAGACAACGACCACCACAAUCAUUAGAAUUAUUUUCUUUAUAUACCUGUAAGUAAGACACCAGUCUUACUUUCAUUUAUCAUUCGUUGAUGUCUGCAUGUCUCUUUAAAAAAAUAUUUACUAAGCAUUUUGAUUAAAUAAAAAAAUCACAACAAUAAAAAUAAAAACGAAAAAAAUUGUCAAAUGAUUGAGUGGUUGAGAAAUCGAAUUCCGAAGCACUGAUUCAACGGAAUAAAAUUUUUAAACGUUGGACUAAAAACAUAUGAAGUAAAGGAAAUAGCUGAAACCGCUUCAAUUGUUAUCGAAUUAAUUCACCAAUUGAAUUAUAAUUAUAAGUAUUGUCAUUAUAAUUAUUAUCAUAAUUAAAAGUAUUACUGCUCAUGAAUACAAUGAAACUUGGACAUACAAUUGAAGACUCUCGUAAGAAUUACCCAGAGCUUACUAAAGAAAUCUUGGAUGAAUUACGUGUGUGGAUAGCAGCCAGAGGUGUAACACAAGUUCCUGACGAAAAGUUAGCCCUAUUUGCUCACAGUUGUUACUUUGACCUCGAGGCGGCAAAAAAAUGUAUGACUGUAUAUUAUAAGCUAAGAGCAACAGUCCCUGAAUUUUUCAGCAAUCGUGACCCUCGUGCUGAAUAUCUCCAACAUUCACUGCGAGCGCUACAAUUUGUAAGUUUACCAAAACGAGACCAAAAUGGUAACCAAAUAAUAUUUCAUCGUCUUGCUGACACGCGUCCCAAUCAGUACAUGUUCGAUGACGGGAUAAAACUGCUGCAGAUGUCUGUAGACGCAAGUCUUUACAACGAAGGCUGUGCUCCAGGUUAUAUAUUUCUUUUUGACAUGCAGGGUGUACGUCUAGGUCACUUGACCAGGCUUUCAAUCACCAGCAUACGAAGAUUCUUUGAAUAUUUGCAAGAAGGUCUACCAGUGAGACUUAAAGGGAUCCAUGUACUCAAUGCCGUCUGGUUCAUGGACAAGGUUCUCGCGCUUAUUCGACCUUUCAUGAAGCGCGAGUUAUUUGACAACCUUCAUCUUUAUACUGGAGAUGUUGCGGAGAUUUAUUCACAUAUUCCACCUGAAUGUUUACCCAAGGACUUUGGAGGAGAAUUGGAUUCAUUAGAGACUCUUCACGCACUGCGAGAAAUUAUACAAGCUCCGAGAUUACUUUUUAGAAGAAGAACGUCUUUUCCGUGGCUGGCAAACACCCGAAAAAAAGUCCUCGCCCUCCGACUCCGAGGUAUCGGAUAUAAACGCAAGUGUUAUUUCUGACAAUAACGUUAAUCAUCGCAAUGGCAAUGGCAAUGACAAUGAUAAUGACAAUAAUAAUCAUGACAAUGCUAAAUAAUAAAAUCAAUAAAAACUUUUUACUCGAACAAAAAUAAA